CCAACAAACAAUUGAUUUUAUCGCCAUUUUUUUAACGAUUAUAUAGGAGUUAUCAUCGAUACAUGAGCAAAUUGAAUUGAUUCGAAAACUGUAUAUCGAAAAACGAAUUUUGGAAACAUUUGAAUUAUUGUAUGAAGAUUUCACCAAGAAAAAAAACCAACAUUCAACCAAAAUCAAAAUCCAAAAUGUCUGAAAUGAUAUCAAAAUAUAACAAAGAUUCAAAGCCAAUGAUGUGUGGUGGUCUGGCAUCUGAAUCAACCGAAAUCAGUGAUCAUGUACGUGAAAUGGUAAAAAAAUUUCAACCAAAAGUUGAAACGAAAUUCGGCCGUAAAUUGGAACGAUUUGAACCGGUAAAAAUUCGUACACAAGUUGUUGCCGGUAUAAAUUAUUUUAUUAAAUGUCAUAUCGGUGGUGAUGAUUAUGUUCAUAUAAGAAUUUAUGAACCAUUACCAUGUAUGGCACAGGAACCUGAAUUGACGGCAAUUCAUUCGGAAUUGAAAAAAUUGGAUGAUCCAUUGGAAUAUUUUCAACAUUGAUUUUGCAAAAAAAAGAAGAUUUUAUUUCAAAUUUAAAUUAAUUAUUUUUUUUUGUUGUUAUCGUUGAAUCAAAAUAAAUAAAUAAAACUUGGUUUUU